AUGAUGCAUCUCGUGGCAUUUUUGGCGUGGCUAGCAUGGAUAUUUCCUGUCCAUGCAACCGCGCCAAAUGUCGGUUGGCGAGCCACUAUCAUCGCGAGCCAGAUCCUCGCCAUUCCCGAAUUCCUCAACCAGCACGAGAGGGUCCUCGACGUCCGCGUUCCCAUCACCUUCCAUCGUGUAGCAUCAAAGGCGGAUUCGUUCACAUUAGACCUCUCUACGUCUCCAUAUUAUCCGGCAAAUGAAACUGGCUAUAAUCGCACAUUGGUUUACACCGAAGUUGUCCAAGCCACGAGCGCAAACCCAGAGUUUGAACAGACCUUUCGAUUCAGCAUCUCCACAACCGGCUGGGAAGACUUGCUCAUUCUGGUCAACGUCGACGAUGGGAGUGGUGGUCGUUAUUCAGUCGAGACGGGCGGAGCCAUCCUCUUCUACAACCGAGAACAAGAAUGGUGGUCAGGACGCAACAUCUCGGAACACGCUCAUCACAUCAACAACGAGAUCGUGGAGGAGAGAAAGGCCAUCGUCCCGAUGGGCAUCGACAACGUUACAGUAGCUGAAACAAAGCCUACACCGGGAGUUUAUGUCCCAGUCGACCACAUGGAGCCGAAAGAGAAGAACGAGACGGCUCCCUCCGUGUCUUCAACUACACCAUCUCAAAUAGUAGUCCCAUCGACGGUGCCUCCAAACCCUGUUGUCAGUACCAACCCAGGAGCCAGCUAUACCCCUAUACCCGAGAAACCUUCCGUCCCUGUUCAAGAGUCAAUCCAUCAGUCGCAGUCAUUCCCACCAUCGAAAUGUGAACCUGUCACCGAGACGGUAUAUCACACGGUCACCGUGUACGCGGAGCACUCUCCAUCCUUCUCCUGUUCAUGUGACUCAAAGCAUGACAAGAAAUCUCUCGAUGCUCGAGACGAUAUCGUACCGGCAUACGUCAAGGCCAAAUUCACCUUCACGGACCGUUGGGGCCGGACAAUGCCACUCCGCCACCUGGUAAUCAUAGCAUAUGCGGAUCUCUUCGAGCAACCCGAAGGAUACAGAGUCGGACCUUGGUCUUCCAUAGCCUUUACAGAUGUCAACGGAGAGGCGACUUUUACCUUCAGCAUCGGAAAAAACCACAAGAUUGUUACCAAUACUCUCUAUGUGAUCCUCCGGGGCGAGCAUUACGCCAUCGGAACCCGACGGGAUGAAACGGAGGACUUUGUACAGAGCGAGAUCCGCAAGAGUCUAGCAAAGCAGCAGUGGACUUUCCUAGCAGGAGAAACCAUCGAAGUCACAGUCAACUUUGAGGACACCGAGUACAAUCGGGCCCUCUGGGUAGCUGACGCCUACGAAUACCUCUCAUCCUACGUCAAGGAAGAGAUCGCCAACAGAGACGGUGAACUGACACAAGUCCAAAUUUGGUAUCCAGCGCCUUCCUCCGGUGCCUUCUUUUCGGAUGCCACAGCAGAUCCGGUUUAUAUCAGUAUCCCUGAUAGCCAGUCCGAGAUCCCAGCGACUAUGGGACAUGAGUACGGGCACUUUAUCCAUUACUUGGCACGAAUGAAAGCAACCCUCUUUGCUGGAGGAGUGCACAACUUUUGUAAUCUUAACGACUUGACGACGACAUCGAUCUCGGAGGGCUACGCCAGCGCACUCGGUCUCAUGGCCCUGUAUGGCACACCUCUAGUCGACGGCAAAUACUUUCAAUACGCCUAUCGAUGGCAUGACGGUCUAGGAAAUGUUGUGAUAACGGGUCCCGAUCUCGAAAACUACUCCUGCGACAAAAGAAAGAUGAGUUAUGAUGAGGGACGUAUAGCAGCGGCCCUUAUCGAUCUUGUCGACCCUCGAAUAGACGAGUAUCCGACAGAGGACAGCGACAUUGGACACAUUGCACCUGAUUUCAACCCAGAGCUGCACAACUUUCGUCUCACCCCCCGCCUCGUUUUCUGGCGUGCGAUGGCUACGAAUCCCCAUAGCAUUGCUCAGUAUUGGUACGACUUACAAUGGACACUCACAGAAGAAAAGAGGAAGCAAGUUUGGUCUGUCUUUGAAUACAACUGGGCCGAUUUUCCUGUUAAUGGGGAAACAACAGUCUGGACAUAG